CCUCAUUGAUUCAUGCAAUGUAACUCAUAAGUUCAAAUCAAAUCAAUUUUUAUGGCGAAGCAUAGAGUUUUUAAUGUGAUUCUCUUUGUGUUUUUGGGUAUAGGAUUGUGUGCGGCGAGAGCCCUCUUCAAUGUGGAGGGGGGAAGUGGUUAUGGAGGUAAUGGUGUUGGAGGAGGCGGUGGAGGGGGUGGAAAUGGUGGUGGUGUAGUUGAUCAUGGGUACGCAAGUGGUGUUGGAAAGGGAGGUGGUAGUGGGUAUGGCAGUGGAGGUAUUGGAGAACAUGGUGGGGGAUAUGGUGGGGGAGGUGGAGGUGGUAAUGGUGGGGGCGGAGGGUAUGCUAGUGCAGGGGAGAUUGCCAGUGGACACGGUGCUGGCGGUGGUGAAGGAGGCGGUGCUGGGUAUGGAGGUGGAGGUGCACAUGGUGGUGGUGGAGGAGGAGGAGGACAUGGUGGAGGAGAGGGUGGUGCUAUUGGUGGUGGGAGACAUGCUGGUGGAUAUGGUGGUGGUGAUGGAGGAGGCAGUGGAAAUGGCAAAGGUGCUACUGGUGGAUAUGGUGGAGGAGGAGGUCAUGGAGGUGGUGGGGGAGGUGGUUCGGCUGGAGGAGCAGGAGGUGGUGGGUAUGGCGGUGCUGGUGGGUAUGGCGGAGGAGGAGGUCAUGGAGGUGGCGGAGGAGGUGGUUCUGCUGGAGGAGCAGGAGCUGGUGGAUAUGGUGAAGGAGGAGGUGCUGGUGGUGGUGCCGGAGGAGGUAGUGAAGGUGGAUAUGGUGGAGCCGCUGGUGGGUAUGGUGGAGGAGGGGGUCAUGGUGGUGGAGGAGGAGGUGGUUCUGCCGGGGGAGCAGAAGGUGGUGGAUACGGCAAUGGUGGAGGUGCUGGAGGUGGUGCUGGAGGAGGCAGUGAAGGUGGCUAUGGCUCUGCUGGUGGGUAUGGUGGAGGAGGAGGUCAUGGUGGCUAUGCCCCUUGAAAAUUGGCUGUCGUAACUUCAUUAUCCAAAUGGGAAACCCUUCUUAUAAUGAACAUUAUUUAUCAAAAAUAAUUAUACUAUUGAUAUGUCCUUAAAGUUCGUAAAAUUCAUGCACUGAAUUAGUGGAUGGAUCUUGUAAUUCUUCUCUAUUAUGAUAUUCAUGGAAUGACAUGUUAAGACAUAAUUUGAAUAAAUAUUUUGCACGUCGA